CCGCCGCCUCGCUCGCCGCCGGGUUAGCACUGACGUGUCUCUCGGCCGAGGAACCGCGCUCUAGAGUGCACCGCGUCGCGUCACUCGGAGCGGAGAGCGGCCGAAGGAGGGCGCGGAGCCUGGGCAGCCGCCGCCAUGGCGAUCAAAUUUCUGGAAGUCAUCAAGCCCUUCUGUGUCAUCCUGCCGGAAAUUCAGAAACCAGAAAGAAAGAUUCAGUUUAAGGAAAAAGUGUUGUGGACAGCCAUUACCCUCUUCAUCUUCUUAGUAUGUUGCCAGAUUCCCCUGUUUGGUAUCAUGUCUUCAGACUCUGCGGAUCCUUUCUACUGGAUGCGAGUGAUUCUAGCCUCUAAUAGAGGCACCUUGAUGGAACUGGGUAUCUCUCCCAUUGUCACCUCUGGCCUCAUUAUGCAGCUCUUAGCUGGUGCCAAGAUCAUUGAAGUUGGUGACACUCCCAAAGACCGAGCUCUCUUCAAUGGAGCCCAAAAGUUGUUUGGGAUGAUCAUUACUAUUGGUCAAUCUAUUGUGUAUGUGAUGACGGGCAUGUACGGGGACCCCUCUGAGAUGGGUGCUGGAAUCUGCCUGCUGAUCACCAUCCAGCUUUUUGUUGCUGGCUUAAUUGUCCUGCUUUUGGAUGAACUCCUGCAGAAAGGGUAUGGCCUGGGCUCUGGAAUCUCCCUCUUCAUUGCAACCAACAUCUGUGAGACAAUUGUCUGGAAGGCAUUUAGCCCUACCACUGUUAACACUGGCCGAGGGAUGGAAUUUGAGGGUGCUAUCAUCGCAUUGUUCCAUCUGCUGGCCACGCGCACGGACAAGGUCCGAGCCCUUCGAGAGGCGUUCUACCGCCAGAACCUCCCCAACCUCAUGAAUCUGAUCGCCACCAUCUUCGUCUUUGCUGUGGUCAUCUAUUUCCAAGGCUUCCGUGUGGACCUGCCAAUCAAGUCGGCACGUUACCGAGGCCAGUACAAUACCUACCCCAUCAAGCUCUUCUAUACCUCCAACAUCCCCAUCAUCCUGCAGUCCGCCCUGGUGUCCAACCUGUACGUCAUCUCCCAGAUGCUGUCAGCACGCUUCAGCGGCAACCUGCUGGUCAGCCUGCUGGGGACCUGGUCGGACACUUCCUCUGGAGGCCCGGCACGUGCCUAUCCAGUUGGUGGCCUGUGCUAUUAUUUGUCCCCUCCGGAAUCGUUUGGCUCUGUUUUGGAAGACCCUGUUCAUGCAGUUGUCUACAUUGUAUUCAUGCUGGGCUCCUGUGCAUUCUUCUCCAAAACAUGGAUUGAAGUCUCAGGCUCCUCUGCCAAAGAUGUUGCCAAGCAGCUAAAGGAGCAGCAGAUGGUGAUGAGGGGCCACCGAGAGACCUCCAUGGUACAUGAGCUGAAUCGGUACAUCCCCACAGCCGCAGCCUUUGGUGGGCUGUGCAUUGGGGCCCUCUCUGUCCUGGCUGACUUCCUGGGUGCAAUCGGGUCUGGAACCGGGAUCCUGCUGGCAGUUACCAUCAUCUAUCAGUACUUUGAGAUCUUCGUCAAGGAGCAGAGUGAGGUCGGCAGCAUGGGAGCCCUUCUCUUCUGAGCCUUGUCUGCCCAUGGACCAGAACAAGAAAGUGGGCUCUUGGAACUACCCAGGAAGGGAGCUCUUAACCACCAGAGGGUGCUGCAUAACAUGGGGACUUUUUGUUUAGGAAUUUUGUUUUUAAUACCCUUUCAUUCCACUGUUAAGUGUAGACAUUUUCCAGUUUGAAACUUUGCUUUUUUAUUUUGGCAAUGGUCAAAAAACCUGUAGAAGUGACAUGUUCAGCUGACUGCCAGGAUGGAUGGUAACUGGUUGUCCCCAAUGUCCCUAUUACUUUUGUUUCAACCCUUGCACCAUCUCAGUGCCUCAGCUGCAAUGUCUCAGCUGCCCCUAAGGCAGUCUGAGGCCUGGUUGGAAGCACAAACACUGAGCCGUGUGCAGACUCUGUGUUUUCUGGAGACAUGGCCGUGAGGAAUUUCACGAGCAUGCCUCCUUUACUAUCAGGGUGGGAACAUCUGGCUUAGAACUGUUUCUAUGUAAGACAGCAUUGUUUUCCCUUUUAAAAGUAGGCUUUCUUAGGACUGAGCUGCUUCUAAUGGAGAGGGAUGAAUUACCUGGAGGCUGGGCCUUCCCUUAAGCUCCUGUGUGUGCUAUAGGUUUGUGUACAGAUGGGCCUAAAGGUGGGGAACCAGCAAGCUCUUCCUGUUCCCAGGCUUCCUGUUACCUCUUCCUUUGGGGCCAGUCAGCUUGUAUGUUCUAGUAAUGUAAGGUCAGGCUUACUGGAUUACCUUCUAGAGCCUGGCUGAGCUAGGAACUGUGUGUAUGUACAGAAUGCCUGCAAGACCCUCUCCUGUGCUUGCUCCUUCCCACUUCCCUCUAGGGAAGGGAGCACCUGUGAGGGUCACUGCAGUCAGACCCCGAAGACAAAGGCUUUGUGUUGGCACCUCUUCAGUCUUCCCUCUCAGAACUUCCUGCUCUGGAGUUUAGAAUUUUCUUACUGUCCUUAGGACCAAAUGCAGAAUGGCUCAGGAUUAGUAGCUGGGUCAGAGUCUCAUAGGAGAAUUUUCUCACAAUCAUGUCUGGAAUAAGGUUGGGGAGGGGGUGACAGGUGACAUCAGUCUGGAGGUUCAGACCCUCUCAGGCUUGUAAGUAGCCCCUUCUCAAGACCAGUGCUGCCUGGCUGUGAGGGCUACAGGCUAGGGUCUAAGAUCAGGCCAUUAGAGAUGGUCAGCUGACCUUUGGGUAGAGGAGGGACCAGGGUGUCCUCAUGAGUGAAGAUGUCAAGUGCAGCAUGCAGGGCGACAGCACACCAGCAGCCCCUCAACCAGGCCCCGCCACACCUCAGAGGAGCAGGUGAUCUCCCUGAGUCAGGCCCCUUAGAGGAUCUUGCUGGCUGUGUCAACCAGCAAGCAGAAGGUUAGGGACAAGAAGCCAUUUAGCCACUUGGCCCUGACACCCACAGGUCAGCAGCAGGGCCACAAUGGACCAUGUCUCUUGUCCAUGGCCCAGGGCUCACACUGUAUCACACGUGGCCUUGUCUAGACCCAGUCCUGAGCAGAGGAGCCUGACACCUUCUAGUCCACAGGGUCCUCCUACUGUCCCUCCUCUGCCACAGAGCGGCAGGGCCUCCCUGCCGGCCCUGAGAACUCCAGCCUCAGGCAGGCAGGUGCAGAGUCCCUAGCUCUGGGCUGUGCUAUGGAGUGCCAGGUCGGGAGGAGUCCCCAGGCUCAUACCUGUGGUCACUAGGUGGAUGAAUGGGGCUGGCCUGUCUUCCAAGGGACUGUCACUGUGGACACCAAAUUGGCUUAGCUGAGACACAGUGUGUAAACAGCAAAUAAAACUGACUUUUUAUAA